AUGGCGUUUACUUACAUACUCAACUAUAUGGACAAGGUUGCCUUAUCCGAGGCCUCCAUAUUUGGCUUGCAGAAAGACUUGGGUCUUGUUGGACAGCAAUAUAGCUGGUCAUCCUCCAUCUUCUAUCUUGGAUAUUUGGUAUGGCAGUAUCCCAGCUCGCUCUUAAUGCAGAAGCUUCCGAUUGGACGCUAUUUCGGUCUCAUGAUAUUCCUCUGGGGCCUCACAGCAAUCACAACGGCAUUUACUAAGGGGUUUGCGACGCUUUCUAUCAACCGUGUCUUCCUCGGAAUUUUUGAAUCAUGCAUGUCCCCCAUUCUCACAAUUCUCGUAUCCCAAUAUUGGACUCGAGAUGAACAGCCGCUUCGUGCCUCCUUGUGGUGGUCGGCCAGUGCUGUCGGUGCCUUUAUUGCUGAUUCUAUUACCUACGGCGUUUCUGGAAAAGACCACUCUGGUUCCAAAUACGCCGUCUGGAAGAUUAUUUAUCUCGUGUUCGGGUUGUCAACACUGCUCUGGGGUAUCAUUAUCUUUUUUGCAGCGCCAUCAUCACCCAUGGAGGCGUGGUUUCUCAACACGAGAGAGAGGAAGAUUGCCGCGGCUCAAGUCAUGAAGAACCAUACUAGUAUAAAAAACACAGAGUAUAAAUGGCACCAAGUCCGUGAAUGCUUGAUUGACCCGCAGCCUUGGAUACUGGCAAUCCAUGCCUUUCUCCAAAGCCUACAAGGUGGAGGUCUGACAUCGUUUUCCAAGAUUGUUUUAACCGAGACGCUUGGUUACACUAGUCGCCAAGCCACUCUAAUGAGCAUGCCGUCCAAUACCAUCCAUCUUGUUUCGGUGGUCUUUGCGUGCUACGUCAUGAUCGCCACGAACAGCAUCGUAUUAAUUGGUGCGGUAUUGAUUGCCAAUCUUCCCCGUUCCAAUCAUAGCGGUCUACUUGCGUCUUUUUACCUCAUUUACAUGAACACGGUCCCGUUUGGCUUGGGCAUGAACAUGGUUUCGUCAAAUAUUGCAGGAUUUACCAAAAGUCUACCCCAAGUUCUGAUGUUUCUUGGUUACUGCCUCGGUCAAUUCACUGGACCUCAACUGUUCAUCGAGAAGCAGGCUCCAAAAUUCCAGACAGCUUUUAGGGGCUUCUAUUCCUCCAUAUCUGUCAUGAUAUUCUUGGAGAUUGUACUAGUCCCGAAUAUUACCGAAAAUGACUCGGACCUGACUGAUUGGCAACAGCCCUCAUUCAGGUACAAGGGUAAUGCUUCUACAAAGGAAAUGACGCCCCAGCAGACAAAUCUUCCAUCAUUGAGCCAACAAAAUGAAACACGUGAGCAAAGAGAGGGGCCGGAACUGCUGGAGCUGCCAUCGCUUCCAGUCUUUGACACGACGACAAUACCUUGGAUUGACGGGAUAUUUGACUCAAAUUUGGGCCAGCAGUGGGAUCCAACAACAGACACGGCGAUGUUAUGGAACACUUCUGCCAACUCUAUAGUCGCUAAUGAAUCCCCCGACCAAACCCGAGGCCUUUACGCCAGUCAAGUUUUUGCUGAAUUGAACACACCUAGCUCAGACUACCAAAGCCCAGGUUCCAAAUCACUCUCAACUGUCUCCGAUCACGUUUUGGCACAGCACUAUACUCAGAGCCUAACAUCAAAAUACAGCUCAAAGGAGCAGGGUUGGAACAAUCACACCUAUUUCUUUAAUCGCUUCAACUCAACCCAUUCAUUUGUAGUAUCGUCCCUAUACGCGUGGACAGCUGCCCACCUCUUCUGCAGCGGAAGAUUGCAAUCUGAAGCCAGCGCGAUGGAGCAUUACAGCAAAAGUCUCGUGGGCAUCAGAGAUCAACUUGGAAUCCACCUCUUGGAAGAGAACGAAACCGAAAUUGCUAGUCAGACGUGGCUCCAGCUUCUGGCUCGAGAAGAUGACCUGGAUGCUGUUGCUGUGACUCUGUAUUUUCUAGCCUGGACUGACCUCCUCCUUUCGAGGAAGGCAUCUUUGAGACGGAUGCUUAGCCUAGAAGCGACUCUACUGGACCACAGUGGCCAUGAUCAGUCGCAUACUCUCUACGUCAGAAUGGCUGUAUGGUUCUGCUUUCUCGACGCACGCGCUGCGCUAUUUGGUCAAGGUAACGAUCGUAUUAUUCAGUCUAUGGGAGACGACUCGGGCUUGGUGAGAGCCGUGGAAGCGUCAUAUGACUUUCUACAGAAUGAGUACAGUCUCCUAUACCCUGAUGAAGAACGGCGGCGGGACGAGGCUCAUAAGCCCCUGUAUGUCGCAACAUGCGGCGACAAAAGAGACGAGUGCCUUGUCAUGGCGUCCUUGUGCGAUAUUCAUCGAAGUAUCGAAAGCAUCAGCGAAGAAAAAGCUGCAGAAAACAAGGUGUUUUCCACCUACCUCACAACAAGUGCGCUUUUUCAUGCAGUAAAAAUAUACGCUUCAAGAGUCUACCAGCCCAAUGAAUCAAUGUACACAAAAAGCAACCAUGCAGAAAAGAUCACAACCAUUACCAGCCAAUUCUACCGGAGGCUGAAGCGGCCAAGAACGGAAGCGCCCCCAACUAAGAUAUGGCCGGUGCCUCUGAUCAUGGCCGCAAUUGAGGCAAAAGACUGGAUCUACAGAGACUGGGCGCUGCAACAGAUGAAGAGCUACUACAGUGCGGGAAAGCAUUUUGCCAAUGCGUGCGCAUUCGUCGAAAAGCACAUUGUAGUCGAGGGUACGCCAUACGGGAGAGGCUUGUCGCAUGGAAGACAGGCAAGUGAAAAGGUUCGCGCCAAUAUCGAGUAUUAUAAGCUUCCAGGAAAGCUACCGCAUUGGUCUAUAUCUUCCAAAAUCAUCCAGACGGUGUACCUCCCAGCCUUUAAAAAGUUCUACCCAACCGGGCUCGAAGAGAUCAAAGGAAUUGCAGAUGGCACCGGUGUGACGGUCGAGGAAGUCAUCAUGCUCAACGCUCGAUAUGACUUGGGUAGAUGCAUGUAUCGGCUUCAAAACGGCGGGGAGACUCCACAAGACUCCGACGAGCAUGAUGAAUGCACAAGCGGCUUCUUUUCCCGGAACGCAGUUGAGUCUGGUCAUGCUCUAGCCGUACACAACUGGGACAUGUCCAGCCAUCUCUAUAACCAGGACCUCAUAAUCUACCUUGAGGUGCAUCCAGACCCGUCUGAAGACCGGCCAUCGAUGUUUAUCCUUACGGAAGCUGGUCAGCUCAUUCGCAGCGGAAUGAACUCUGCUGGCCUUUCGGUUACAGCAAAUUCGUUGCUUUCAAGUCAAGAUUAUGUACCUGUCUCCCAUAUUGACCGCGACGGAGUUUACCACAAAGUCACAGACCCAACACCUGUUCUCCCUCUCUCUGUGGCUAGGCGCAUCUUUCUUGAAUACAGUAACUACGCUGAAGGUCUUGUGGCUAUCAAUGCCUUUCCACGCCAUGUCUCAGGAAACCUUCACGUCUCGACAGCAGACGGAUUCGCAAUGGCGAUGGAAGUCGCGCCUGACCGCAUCUAUAAAUUCUAUGGCAACAUUGACGACCAGUACCUAAUUCACAGCAAUCACUUUCUUAGCCCCGAAUUUCUCAGUCGCGACAACAUUUUUGACCGCUAUCCUGGCGGUAGCAGCUGGUUUAGAUGUUUGCAAGCCGAAAAGGGAGUGAGAGCAGACUGUGCUGCAGGGCAACUAACUCCUGAAAAGAUCAAGGCAGCGUUCUCAGAUCAUUUGGCAUACCCUGAGAGUCUUUGUAACCAUCCGAACCCAAAGCAGAAAAACGCACCCAGUGCCGUUCUCACAGGGUAUACUUCAAAACAGAAUAUGACGGUGGCAUUUGUUAUUUAUAAUCUCUCAGAGUUAACAAUUACCGUUUGUAAGGGGCCUCCUUGCAAAGGAAUGUUACAGUCAUUUAAGCUUAAAUAG